AUGUCUGCGAUCAAGAGAUGUGCAGCUCUUAUUGAUCUCAAUGGGACGUUGCAUAUAGAAGACAUGGCUGUUCCAAGAGCUAGUGAGGCUUUGGAACGACUUCGAAAGUCUCGUCCAGUGAAAUUUGUCACAAAUACAACAAAAGAAUCUAUAAAUGUACUGCACCGACGUGUUACCGGCUGUGGCUUCCGCAUAGAGAAAGAUGAGAUUUUCACUUCUCUUGUAGCAGCACGCAGGUUGGUCGAGGAGCGGAAGCUCCGCCCGAUGCUCAUGCUUGCUAAGGAAGCUCUGGAAGAUUUCGAAGGCAUAAAUACAACCAAUCCGAAUGCUGUCGUCGUCGGAUUAGCACCGUCCGAAUUCCAUUUUGAAAGGCUCAAUGACGCCUUCAAGCUUGUCUUGAAUGGAGCGCAACUGGUCGCCGUUCAUAAAGGAAGAUACUACAAGCGAGCAGAUGGAUUGGCUCUCGGUCCAGGCCCGUUCGUUGCUGCAUUAGAGUAUGCCACUGGGGCUAAGGCGGAAAUUGUCGGCAAGCCAGAACCUGCAUUUUUCCACAUGGGAGCUGCUACACUGGGCAGCGAUAUCGACCUCGCCAAUACUGUAAUGAUUGGUGAUGACGCUAAGGACGAUGUUCUUGGAGCAAUCAAAUCUGGUAUGAAAGGUAUUCUUGUCCGCACUGGGAAGUAUAGAAAAGGUAGGUUCUCCUAG